AUGGCUCAGCCCUACAAUGAUAAUUACGAAACGAGAAAUAUCAAUUACAACAGCAAUGUGCAGCAAGAGAAUUACAAUUACUUUGAAUCUCAUGGUCCACCUUUGAUUGCAGGCUUGAUGAAUCAGGAGAUUGAAGAAGACGAUGUCUGGACCGUUAUCGAUUCAUUUUUUGAUACUUAUAGUUUGGCUAGUCAGCAAAUCCUAUCUUACAAUAAUUGUAUUGAUGUAGUGUUACCAGAGAUUGUGCGUCAACACCCGAAAAUUAUCAUUUCAAAUUCUGACUUGUCUUCAGCUAAUGGCGAGUUGUACACUUUGCAAUAUGUGUUAUCCGUGGGUAAUCUUCGAUUCAUACGGCCACAAGUAGAAGAGAUGGACGAGGAAUAUCACACUGAAUCACGCUGUAUUUCUCCUUAUGAGUCUCGACUGAGAAGUAUGACGUAUUGUUCUUCCAUGUACAUUACUGUGAAACAGGAUGUACAAAAAAAAUACUCGGACGGCAGAAUCGAAAAGCUCGAUAGUCAAGCUUACGAUGACGUGUUUAUUGGGAAGUUUCCUGUAAUGCUUCGAUCGAAGUUGUGCUAUUUGUCAGGACUUUCGGAAGAUGAAAGAGUCUUGGUAAAUGAAUGCAAGUUUGAUCAAGGAGGAUAUUUCAUCAUCAAUGGCAUGGAACGUAUUAUUAUUGCACAAGAACGAAUGGCUUCGAAUAAAGUUUACAAUCAUCUGAAGUCUGACCAGGCGAAUUAUUUCACUGUUGAAUUACGCUCACAGCGAGAUGAUAUGCAAGGCGCUAAAACGCUCUCUUUGGGUGUCAGGCCAAAUGCUCGAACUACAAAAGGGGCGCAACUUUGUGUAAAUUUGCCUAAUAUCAGAAGCGAGAUUCCUGUUUACAUUGUGUUCCGCGCUUUGGGUGUUUCCAGUGACAAGGAGAUUUGCGAUAGAAUCAUCAAAGACCAAGAAGAUUCUAAAAUGAUGUCGUUAAUUAAUCGAUGUAUUUUAGAAGGAAAUGAGGAGCUGACACAAAUAGUAGCUUUGGAUUAUAUCGGACGAAGAGGGCCAACUGUCGGUUCAACACAUCAGAUGAGAGUGAAAUACGCGAUGGACUUGUUGACCAACGACUUUUUACCUCACGUGGGUUAUGUUGCCUCAGCUGCCAACCGUAAAAGUUGGUAUUUAGGAAACAUGAUAAAUCAGUUAUUGGAGUUUGUGCUUGGUAGAAUUCCACAAGACGAUAGAGAUAACUUGUCUAAAAAACGCAUAGAUAUGGUUGAACCUCUUUUAGCUUCGGUAUUUGGCCAAACCUUCCGAAAACUCAUGAAAGAUUUUUCGAAAGCUGCGCAACGAUAUAUAGAAAACAACAGAUCGUUCGAUUUAACCAGUACUAUAAGAACUUUAAGUACCAUCACACAACGCUUGCAAUACAGUUUGGCAACGGGGAAUUGGGGUGUUAACAAGGACGGAAACGUUGUUCACACCGGAGUUAGUCAAGUAUUAAAUAGGCUAACUUAUCUGUCUUCACUUUCACAUGCACGUCGUGUAAACACUCCGUUGAGUCGAGAUGGAAAGAUGGCUAAACCGCGUCAAUUACACAAUACUCAAUGGGGUAUGGUAUGUCCAGCUGAAACUCCAGAAGGACAAGCCGUAGGUCUGGUGAAAAACUUGUCUUUAACUUGCAAACUUUCAAUUGCAACACCUGCUUAUUUAAUCCAUGAUGUUUUAUGGGAUGCGGGUUUGCAAGAUAUCGAGACAUUAACUAACGGAGAAAUCCAGUCGAGUACUAGAAUUUUUGUCAACGGAAAUUGGGUGGGUUGUUUUCCACAGGGAAAGGUUAUCUGUGAGUUAAUAACUCAGUUACGUAAAGACGGUGUUUUAGACCACCAAAUUUCAGUUUUUCAUAAUUACCAGCGAAACGAAAUUUACAUAUGUUGUGAUGGAGGAAGACCUAUACGGCCCUUGUUUACCGUUAAAAACAACGAAUUAGUCCUAAAAAAAUCUGAUUUGCAAAUUGUCAAACAAAGUAAGAAUUCUUGGAACUAUUUGCUAAAAAAAGGUGUUGUCGAAUUCCUUGAUUGUGAUGAAGAAGAAAACUCGCUGAUUGCCAUGUUUAUGAGCGAUUUGCACAAAGCGAAAAGCAACAGCUCUAUAAUGUCUUAUUCUCACUGUGAAAUUCAUCCGAGUCUGAUAUUUGGUAUCUGUGCAACUGUCAUUCCGUUUCCUGAUCACAACCAAUCACCCAGAAAUGUUUAUCAAUCUGCCAUGGGUAAACAAGCGUUGGGAGUAUACGUGUCAAAUUAUAAUAAGCGGUAUGACUCUUCAGGUCACGUACUGUUUUAUUCACAGCAGCCUCUCGUUUCGACUCGCGGGAUGAAAUAUUUAAGGUUCUCUGAAAUUCCAUCAGGUAUCAAUUGUAUAGUUGCCGUUAUGUGUUACACUGGGUAUAAUCAAGAAGACAGUUUGAUUAUGUCUCAAUCGUCCAUCGAUAGAGGUUUGUUCAGAAGCAUGUUUAUUCGUACAUAUAUGUCUGAAGAAAAGUUAAAAGGAACUUGUGUGAUAGAGCAGUUUUGCAAACCCGAUCCAAUGAUGUGUGUAGGUAUAAAACGUGGAGAUUACUCGAAACUGGACGACGACGGAAUAGUACAGCCUGGAAGUUUCAUACUUGGAGACGAUGUCAUAAUCGGCAAAACGAUUCCUUUAUCUGCAGACGAAAUCAAACUUACAAAAAAGACGCAUAGAGAUAUUUCUACAUUGCUUCGUUCAAGCGAAAACGGUGUAGCCGACAGCGUACUUGUGACCAAGAAUGUGAAUGGAAUGAAAACAGUAAAAGUAAAAGUUCGAAGUAUUAGAAUUCCUCAGAUAGGAGAUAAAUUUGCGUCGAGGCACGGUCAAAAAGGUACCGUCGGAUUGACGCUGCGCCAAGAAGACUUGCCAUUUAAUUCGUCAGGCAUAACUCCCGAUAUUAUUAUGAACCCGCACGCUAUCCCGUCCAGAAUGACUAUAGGGCACCUAGUCGAGUGUCUUCUUGGAAAAUACAAAGCUAUUUCCGGGGGAUAUGGUGACGCAACUCCAUUCCAGGGAAAAACAUUGGAGUCAAUUGCUAGCGCCUUGUCCAGUCUAGGGUAUCAAGAAUACGGGAACGAGCGCUUGUAUAACGGAUAUACAGGCUGUCAACUUGCCAACUUGAUUUAUUUCGGUCCUACUUAUUAUCAACGACUGAAACACAUGGUUGAAGACAAAAUUCAUAGCAGAGCACGAGGUCCAAUGGCUGCUCUGACCAGACAGCCAAUGGAAGGGCGAUCACGAGAAGGAGGUUUUAGAUUUGGAGAAAUGGAGAGAGAUUGUAUGAUUUCCCACGGAGCUGCCAAGCUGCUGAAGGAACGUCUGUUUGACCAAUCCGACGCCUACCGUGUGCAUGUAUGUGAACAGUGUGGAUUGUUUGCAGUGGCUGACUUUGAACAUGGUCACUUUACUUGCGCAGGGUGUCCUGGAAAUCCAAAAGUGAGCCAGAUUUUCAUUCCUUACGCGUGUAAACUGUUAAUACAAGAGUUAAUGGGUUUACAAAUCUAUCCAAAAUUAAAUCUAAGAAAUGUGUAA